AUGUCUGGUAAAGGUGCUCUUUCCGUCGUCCCCGCUGGUGUCCUUUCCGGUGAUGACACCCGAAAAUUGUUUGACUACGCUCGAGAGAACAAGAACGUAACUUCUUCCUCAACAGUAAACGCUACUCUUGAAGCCGCUCAAGCCAUCAACUCUCCUAUCAUCAUCCAACUCUCCCAAGGUGGUGCCGCUUUCUUUGCCGGUAAAAACCUCCCCAACGGUAGCCAAGAAGCUUCCAUCGCUGGUGCCGUUGCUGCCGCCCACUUUGUCAGAUCCAUCGCCCCAUCUUACGGCAUUCCCGUCGUCCUCCACACCGACCAUUGCGCCAAGAAACUCCUCCCCUGGUUCGAUGGUAUGCUCGACGCUGAUGAAGCUUAUUUCAAGGAGCACGGUGUCCCCCUUUUCUCUUCCCACAUGCUUGACUUGUCUGAAGAGUCCAAAGAAGACAACAUCGCUGACUGUGUCAAAUACUUCACCCGAAUGGCCAAGAUGAACCAAUGGCUCGAAAUGGAAAUCGGUAUCACCGGUGGUGAGGAAGACGGUGUAGACAACACUUCUGUCGACAACAACUCCCUCUACACUCAACCCGAAGACAUCUGGGAUGUCUACUCAGCUCUCGCUGCCAUCUCCCCUAACUUCUCCAUUGCCGCCGGUUUCGGUAACGUACACGGUGUAUACAAGCCCGGAAACGUCAAGCUUAGACCUGAACUCCUCGGUAAACACCAAGCCUACGCUUCUGAGCAGCUCAAAGGCAAGUUGGGUGACAAACCUUUGUACCUUGUCUUCCACGGUGGAUCUGGAUCCACCAAAGAUGAGAUCAAGACCGCCGUUACCAAUGGUGUAGUGAAGAUGAACGUUGAUACCGAUAUCCAAUACGCAUACUUGUCCGGUGUUAGGGACUUCGUUCUUAAGAAGAAAGACUUCCUCAUGAGCCAAGUUGGUAACCCUGACGGAGCCGAUAAGCCUAACAAGAAACAAUACGACCCCCGAGUUUGGGUCCGAGAGGGCGAAAAGACAAUGGUGGAACGAGUCAAGGAAGCUUGUGCUGAUCUUGGAAACGAGAACAGGGCUUAA